AAGGAGGCGUUCUCGCUCUUCGACAAGGACGGGGACGGCACCAUCACCACCAAAGAACUGGGCACCGUCAUGCGCUCGCUGGGCCAGAACCCCACCGAGGCCGAGCUGCAGGACAUGAUCAACGAGGUGGACGCCGAUGGCAACGGCACCAUUGACUUCCCCGAGUUCCUCACCAUGAUGGCGAGGAAGAUGAAGGACACGGACAGCGAGGAGGAGAUCCGAGAGGCUUUCCGCGUCUUCGACAAGGACGGCAACGGGUACAUCAGCGCGGCGGAGCUGCGGCACGUGAUGACCAACCUCGGGGAGAAGCUGACGGACGAGGAGGUGGACGAGAUGAUCCGAGAGGCCGACAUCGACGGUGACGGACAGGUCAACUACGAGGAGUUCCUGGGGCUCUCUGACGACGAGCUGGAGGAGGACGAGCUCCCCACGGAACAAGAAGAGGCCGCGUUGGAGGUCUUUGAGCAGCGGAUUGCUCACGCCCCGUAG